AUGAGGUUCUUCGCAUGCGCCCCCUUCUUCGGCGCCGACGGCCGCUGGAUGGGCGCCAUCUGCUGCUGCGACCCCGAGCCGCGCGCGGAGGUGGGCAUGGCGCACCAGCAGACCCUUGAGUACUUUGCUGAGCAGGCGCUGCGGGAGGUCGAGGAGAUGAUCCCAGAUCUUCCGCUCGUGCCCCCAAAGGACCCCACCGCGGGCCAGUGGCGCACGCUCGCGCGCGGCAGCCGCCGCAUCUCCAUCGGCGACGACUGGGCGCCCGGCGCGCAUCACCUCGAGCGGCAGCCGCACGGCAGCUUGCUCAUGCCCAGCAAGAGCGAGGGUGGGUACGACAGCGGCCGCCACACCCUGCUGGGCGCGUCAAGCUCCUGCCAGGAGUCGACGAGCCGCUCUUCAUUGCUGAGUUCAUUCAGCAGCAGCAACUGCGGUGCCGGCGGCGGCUCAAGCUUUAGCACUGCCGUCACUGCCGUCGGCUCGAGCUGCGGCGCGGCCGUGGCGAGCGGGCGCGCGGCGCGGCUGUCGCUGUCGGGGGACGACGCGCUGAGUCAGCUGCGGCUGGGAGCCGUGCUUGGCGCGGGCAACUUCGGCAGGGUGUACAUGGGCACCUACCACGGCGCCCCUGUGGCGGUCAAGGCCCUGGACACGGUGACUCAGCGAGACCCGCAGUCCGGAGCUGCCCUCGAGGCGGAGCUGUCUGCGGCACUGUCGCACCCCAACAUAGUCCGCACCCUCGCGUGGCACGAGGCCAAUGGGCAGACCUGGCUGGUGCUGGACUACGCAGACAAGGGCACCCUGCAGGCCGCGGUCGACAGCGGGGCCAUGCGCGGGCCGGGAGGCAGCGGCGGCUCUGUCAACCUGCUGCGAGCGCUCGCCACCACCCGUGAGGUCGCGUCCGGCAUGGCAUACCUCCACGCCCUGGGCAUACUGCACUGCGACCUCACAGCAUCAAACGUGCUGCUCAGCAGCCGUGCGGCCAGCGACACGGACGCGCGCGGCUUCGUCGCACAGAUCUCAGAUUUCGGGCUGUCCCUGGUGCUGGAGGAGGGCCAUGAGAGUGUCACAGCGUCAGACCACGGGGCCGCCACGGCCAUGGCGCCAGAGGUGCUGUCGCAGCGGCUGGUCUCAAAGGCCGCAGACGUCUACUCAUUCGGGGUGCUGCUCUGGCAGAUUUGCACCGGCGAGCAGCCCUGGCGCGGCAUGACGCGGGCGACGCUCCUGCAUGCCGUGUGUGUCGAGCGGCGCCGCCUCGAGUUUGGGCCGGCCUCUGACGUCCCAGAGUGCCUCCAGCUGCUGGCUGCGGCCUGCAUGGCGCACGACCCCUCUGACCGCCCCACGUUCCGGGACAUACUCGAGAUACUGCAGCCCCUGGGCCAGCUCUUCCCGGGCAGCGCUUGA